AUGAAGAAAUACUGCGUGUUUUUCCUUUUCGUGUUAAUCACGCAAGAUGCUUUUGGCUUUGGUCUGAGAGGCAAAAGACAAACGGAGGAGAAAAGUGAGACCGAGUUAGAAGAUAGAUACGGUUGGAACAGGCCGUUUUAUCCCAGAGAGCCCCAACGGCCAAACCAGCCCUCUUUCGGACAAAGGCCCUACCCAGAAUUUUAUCCGGGUCAAAAUUUGUAUCCUGGUCAAAGGCAAUUCCCCAACUCUGGAUUUCCCGAUCAAGGCAGGUUCCCCAACCCGGGUCAGAUCCCGGAUCAAGAACUUUACCCCGGCCAGCAGACAACCACACAGAGACCAAUUGACGGGUCCUCAACUCCAGCUGAUAGUGACCCGGCCGUGCAGGACUGCAUUAGGAGUUGUCCCGUGACGGCAGAAUACAAUCCAGUCUGCGGCACCAAUAGCGUGACAUAUCCUAACCCUGGCCGCCUGAUGUGUGCGCAAGCUUGUGGAGUUUCGGUGAACUUGCUUCGGUCGUCUCCGUGCCCAAGCACCACCACGGCGACUCCAGUC